GGCGCGCAGUUUGAAUUGGUCGCGGGCCCGAGCUCCUUUGCGGGCUACUUCCAGCGCCGAGACUUCACAACGCCGCAUGGCCUGGUCCGUUCAAACAGAGGAAACAUACACAUACGUGUGUAUAGAUCUAGAUAGCUUUUUCCCUCAAAGAGGUAUAAAGGAUGGCUGGUGCGGAACUGGAAGACCUGUGCUGUCAUAUCAAUGAAAAAAUUUCCCACGUUAAGAAAAUUCUGCAAUUGAAAAAUAUUGGACAUGAUCCAGCCUUAAAGACUGUAUUUCAGAAAAUUAGAAAUGAAAUGACUCUUCUAAAUGACCUUUUAAACAAGUUGGAGCUGGAGAUUCAAUAUCAAGAACAUGUCAGGAAUUCACUUAGGGAGUUACAGGAAUCCCUUGAUGGAGAUUACAAAGAAAUAUAUAACCUUAAGAAAAAUAUUCCUCCCCAUUUGCCCAAAGUCGUCCAGAGCUGUGUGGUGGAACCAAAUGCUAAUCCUGAAGAACAAGUUAAAAUUACGGCAUCUGAACACUCAAAGAAACCCUCAAAAGAGCAAAAACCAAUUAAAGAAAUUUUACUAUUAACUUCUGAUGAAUUCGAUAAUGUGCCUGGGUAUAUGAAAUCUCGUCUGACAUACUGUCAAAUUAAUGAUUUUAUUAAAGAAAUCAACAAGGCAGUGGCUAGUAAAUAUAGAAUCCUAAAUUUGCCCAAAAAAACUAUGAAUUCUUCUAUCAGAAAUCUGUAUCAUAGAUUCAUUGAAGAUGAAACCAAAGAUACCAAAGGCCAGUACUUUGUAGUAGAAGCUGAUAUAAAAGAGUUCACGAAUUUGAAAGUUGACAAGCGGUUUCAUGUGAUACUGAACAUUUUAAGGCACUGCCGACGGCUGUCAGAGGGCUUAAUGUCUGGGGGGAGAAUCGACACCUACUUCAGGUAAGUCUUAUGAUUUCCUGCAUUUCAACAACACUUAAUUGGUUCUGGAAGUUCAUCUGGGUCUGAAUUAUCUACCAGAGGCGACUAAAACAGACUUCUCUAUGACAACUACCAAUUUCUAGUGGUGAGGGAAGUUGGCUUUUCUCAAGCCCUCUCAGGCUAUCUCCUUAUGUCUACAGUGGAGUUGUAAAGCACCUAGUGACUCAAUAUCCAACUUGGAAUUGGUAAAUCAAGGAAGUUAAUUGAUAUUCUCCAUCAUAUCUUUGUAGACAAGAUGAAAUGUGGGCUUGGUAAUUGUGUGAUUGGAUUCAAAGCUUGUUGAGCAAUUACAGAGUAUUGAUUUACAUCUUGGAAGGAAGAUUUGUAAGGUCUGCUGAAAGUCCGUGGCCCUGUUCUUUUUGGUAUUUCUAUUAGUUUUUUUGUAGAUGUUCAGAGAAUCAUAGAAAGACUGAGCUGGAGGAACUGUUGGAAAUGAAGUCCAAUCAACUCAUAAAUGAGGAUGCAGAUUUAGAAAUGGAAAGUGACUUGCCCAUAGUCACACAGUAACUAGCUUCUAGAAAGGGAUAUUUGCUAAGAUUGUAUGGUUGGUACAAACAUUCCCCUUAAAAGUCUGUGACCCACACUUUCCUAACAGUACAUACAGAGUCCAAGUGAAAGUAUGUUCAAGUUCAGAGAAUACAUGUGGCAAAGUGGUAACUCACUUCCUGAAGUCCUUUUGAUGGAAUUCUCAUGAGAGUCCUCUUAGAGUGUAGCUUUUCUGAUGGGAUCUUUGUAUAGUGUUGAAUCUGUGUUCCUUAUCACAUCUAGUGCAGACAUUGCUAUCAGCCAUUCAGGAGAGGCUGCUGGGCCAUAGAAGAGAGUCCAAAAUCCCUCAUACCCAUUGAAGCUUACAAGACUUUUAGCCAUGUUGAGGAGUGCUCUUACCCCAUCCCCCAGUUCCUUAUCGUGAGUUUAGCUGGAACACUUCUCAAAUGCCAAGCACUUGCCUUUCCAGUUUCGAGUAGUUUGCUAGUUUUUUAUAGGACCCAGAAGGUGGCCAAAUCCAUUAGCCAAUCAAACACCCUUUGUGCGGCACCCAGGGAGGUAUAUAGGCCAUGUUUAUACCUAGUGGAUAGUCAACAUGUCUUCUCACUUGAUAAAUAUAUGAUGUAGCAUCUUAACACUCUGUGGUGUGGGAUAGUUGUCUUUGCUGACUCUAUGCAUAUAGGUGACAAUGCUAUCACGUCCUUGGCUGCUGAGCUAGAGAAGCCUCUGACGCAGCUUCUGCUCAGGAAGAAGAGACAGCUUCAAGCUUGAGCUCUUAGUUGAACAUUGUCAUGUGGCAUGUAGUGCUCUUGGUCUCUAGACUUCCUAGAGGGGACGGGGGUGUAGAGUUUGUUAUUCUUGUCCUGUCACCACUUCCACCUUCCAUGGGUCCUUGUACAAAUGCUUAUUAUACCUGGACCCCUCACUAUCUUUUUUGCUUUACAUCCCUUCCUGAAUAGUGACAUAACAUUGUUCUAUGGGUGAAUGUGUCCAAGCUUAGUGAUAUUUUCAAU